GCUCCCUAUCAAGACUAGCGGUCUGCUGGUCAGGUUUGGACACUCGUUUAGCGUUGUUCUGACAGUUCGAGCUGCGACCAUCCAUGAGAGGCAAUGGUCUCCGCUGCACAGCUGCCGUCAUCUACGGGGAAAAUUAGUCGUUAGUGCAGAUCCAUAUUUUGAACCUGCAAGUUAUCGAAUCUUUCAGAGUAGGUGCUCGGUGUUCCAUUGUCGUGUUCAAAAUCUUGUGGUCGGCGGGUCUCAGACCGAUCGAUUGUUUGUGCCCGCCAUGCCCGGGCCGGCAGUCGGUAGCAAAGCACGGGUGUACGCUGAUGUCAACACUUUGAAGAGUAAGGAAUACUGGGAUUAUGAAGCACAUGUGCCAAGUUGGAGUAACCAAGAUGACUAUCAGUUGGUGCGAAAGCUUGGAAGGGGGAAGUACAGCGAGGUCUUUGAAGCUAUCAACAUCAACAACAAUGACAGAGUUGUGGUAAAGAUUCUCAAGCCUGUUAAGAAGAAGAAAAUCAAACGGGAGAUUAAAAUCCUGGAGAAUCUAAGGGGUGGAACCAACAUUAUUCGCCUUGUGGACACAGUGAAAGAUCCAGUGUCCAGGACACCUGCCCUUGUCUUUGAGUACAUCAAUAACACAGAUUUUAAGGACCUGUACCAGAGGUUAACAGAUUUUGACAUUCGUUUCUACUUGUAUGAGCUGCUGAAGGCUUUAGACUACUCACACAGUAUGGGGAUCAUGCACCGUGAUGUGAAGCCACACAAUGUUAUGAUAGACCACCAAAUGAGAAAGCUGCGUCUCAUAGAUUGGGGUCUGGCAGAGUUUUACCACCCUGGACAGGAAUAUAAUGUCAGGGUGGCCUCAAGAUCAUAUAAGGGACCAGAGUUGCUGGUUGACUAUCAGAUGUAUGACUACAGUUUGGACAUGUGGAGCCUGGGAUGUAUGCUGGCCAGCAUGAUCUUCCAGAAGGAGCCUUUUUUCCAUGGCCAGGAUAAUUAUGACCAGCUUGUGCGUAUUGCAAAGGUUCUUGGGACAGAGGAGCUCUAUAGCUAUCUGAGCAAGUAUCACAUUGAACUGGACUCACGCUUUAAGGACCUGCUUGGCCAGCAGACAAGGAAACGAUGGGAACAGUUUGUUCAAGCAGACAAUCAGCACCUGGUUAGCCCCGAAGCUCUAGACCUGCUGGAUAAGCUAUUGCGCUAUGACCAUCAACAAAGACUGACUGCUGCAGAGGCUAUGGAGCACCCCUAUUUCUAUCCUGUACUGAAGGGACAAACUCUCUCAAAUGCAGAUGGGACACUGGCAAUAAGUAGCUCAGCCACAACAUGAGCUGAAAGCAGGAAAACCUUUUUACCUCAACACUUCUCUGGCAGAACCUCUGCCUUCAGGUGUAAAGCUUCAGUGUACUGGAGCACAAAGUCAUACAACAAAACACACACAUGUACAGAACAGGCACACACUGGCAGAUUAUUUCCCUCCCCAACACACUAUUUGUAUUAGUGCUGCUCACCACAUUCACCCAGGUUCCAGUCUGGUACUCUGGUGUUUCCUUGACCCCCCUGCCCCUGCCCCCGCCCACACCUACCCUUCCCCUUUUAAGUUGGUAAUCAUUUUUAAGAACACUGAAUUAAGCUAGGAUAUUAUGGUUGGGAAAGAAUGCCUGCUCUUUCCCCCUGACUCUCAGGUUUGGUAAGACUGAUGUGGGAUCGGGAUCCAGGCUUUUUUGUGCUGGAUUGACUUGUUCGGUGGCCUGCCCUACUGAUAUAAGCUCAGAUUCCAAGUUGUAGUAUUAUGGGGUAUGAAGA